AUGCUAGAACGCAUUUUGUUCAGCUGCAUCUUUGUGGGAGUGCUAGUGAGUGGCCAGAUCAGUGAUCUUCGGUACACCGAGACGAAUAAUGAUAGCAUCGGUGAGGCAAUUCAGUUCCUCCGCGAAUUCGACCGUGAGGCGGCGGAAAUGUGUAACCGAGUGGCGAACGCGGAGUGGCGCUUUUCAACCAACGCGACCGAAUUCAACAAACGGCGUAUGCGCGAGCAGCAAAACCUGGCGUCCAAGUUCGAGUGCAUCAGCUGGCGAAGGGCGGUCGCGUUCGACUCGACCCGCAUCGUGGACACCAGCAUCCGGCGCCAGCUGGGACGUAUCGUGCAGCAGGGCCGAUGUGGUCUGGGCGAGGAGGGCUAUGGUGAGCUGCAGCGUGUCCUGGCCAAUUUGAAGGAAAAGUACAACGAUGCGCGGGUGUGUCCGUUUCACGGUGGUGAGCCAUCGUAUGCCGGUACGUUCUCUUCACCGGGGGCGGUGGCGGCAGCUUAUAAGAGUUCGAAUUAUGUGACAGGCUACACCGACUACUGUGACCUCAAGAUAAGCCCGGAUCUGACGCGCAUAAUAGAGACGAGCCGAUCAGAGGCCGAGUUGCGCUACUAUUGGGUGGCGUGGCGCGAGAAGACGGGUCCUCCGAUGCGUAACACGUUCAUGCGGUAUCUACACCUGGCCAACCAGGCCGCCGAACGGCACGGCUUCCGGGACGCCGGGGAGCAGAUGCGCUCGGUGUACGAGGAUAGCGACUUCUUCUUCACCGUCGACGACCUCUGGAUUCAGCUGCAGCCACUGUACAGGCAGUUAUUCACGUUCGUACGUAGGGGUCUUGUGCGCCAGUACGGGGAGUACAUCAUCCGUCCGGACGGUCCGCUGCCAGCCCAUUUGCUGGGCAACAUGUGGGCCCAGAACUGGCGGCACAUCUAUGGACUGGUGAAACCCGGACCCGUCGAGACCCCGGACGUGACGGGAGAGAUGGUCCGGCAGGGUUACACUCCAGUGAAAAUGUUCCAGACGGCCGAGGAAUUUUUCACCUCGAUCGGAUUGCCACCGAUGGCGCCCGAGUUCUGGCGCAACUCAAUGCUGCAGACCCCUGCCGAUGGUGGGGGCGGCGGCCAAUGUGGAGCAUCCGCCUGGGACUUCUGCAACAAGAUUGACUUCCGCAUCAAACAGUGUACGCAGGUCACAUUGGACGACUUCGUCAACGCGCACCACGAGAUGACGCAUAUCCAGUACUACAUGCAGUACGCUAGCCUGCCGUACCUCUACCGCGAGGGUCCGAAUCCUGCGUUCCACGAAGCGCUAGCCAAUGCGGUAGCACUGAGUGUCGGCGGACCAGCGCACUUACAGAAGAUCGGCCUUCUGAACAGCCCGGUUUCGGUAGCGAACGGCAACACCGCCAUCAACAUUGAAUAUCUGCUGAACAUGGCCCUAGAUAAGCUUCCGUUUAUGGCCUUCAGCUUGGCUGUGGAGAAGUGGCGCUGGUAUAUCUUCGAUAAAGGACCCGUCGGGAUGAACGCACGCUGGUGGGAGUUUCGACUCCGCUAUCAAGGACUUAUACCACCGGCCGUUCGAGGAUACGAACAUUUUGAUGCCGGUGCCAAGUACCAUGUUAUUUCCGAUCAGGACUACAUCAAGUAUUUCGUCGCCACCGUGCUCCAGUUCCAGAUCUACUCCGAACUGUGCCAGGCAGCGUUACACAGUGGGCCACUGCAUACCUGUGACUUUUACCGGUCGCGUGAAGCUGGACGGAUUUUGAGCGAUGUUAUGCAACAGGGAGCAUCGCUAUCGCCUCAGCAGCUCAUCAAGCUAAUGACCCGCGGAAGAACAUCGCGAAUGUCGGUGGAUGCACUUUUGGAGUUUUUCCGACCGCUCGAAGCCUGGUUGGAAUUGCAAAAUCGAGAUGAACAGCUCGUUGGAUGGCGGUCUACGAUGGAGGAUGUGGCGCUUUACCAGCCUUUGGUGGGAAGAAAUGGCGCACAAACUACCACCGUGAUUGUACCCGGAUAUUUGCUACUAGGAGUGAUCGUGUCGAUGUUAGUCAACAGCUACUUUUGA